AUGCUUACAGGGUUAUCGGCGUCAUCAGAAGAACUCCAUCAUGAAAAUAUUGACAAUGAAACGAAUAAUAAAGAGAACAACAAACACUAUUCGGGAUUAAUUCUUUUCAUGAGAAAGUUAGGUAAAAAGCUUGCUUUCAUAAAAUUGCUUUGCUUUGAUAAAGAUGAACACGGAGUUGAUUGGCGAGAUUGCAUGAAAUGUAUUAAAAACGUUUCCGAGUUGACCCUUCAAUUAAUGAUUCGAGGAGAAGAAGAGUGGGUGAAAGAGUUACAUGUUGGAGAUUGGAUUGAAUGUUGUACAAAACAAGAUCAUUUGAAUUCAAAAUCACCUCCUCAAAUUUGUGCAUUUAAUUAUUUGAAAAAUAUGGAAAAUUGGGCAAACAACCCAGAGACCAUGAUUAUUUUGGAUACAUUGCGUCAACGAUAUACAGAGGAAGAAACAGAGCAUCACAAACAAUCAAAACGAAAGCUUUGUAAUAACUUUAAAUUGGGAUUAGAGUGUACAGACAAAAAUUGCGACAGAAGGCAUUUCUUCAUUAAUGAACGAGAACAAGAGCAAAAUUAUAGAGAUGAGAAAGAUCCAUAUUGUGGAAUUAAUUUUCAAAAUCCAAAAACACUUUCAAGAAUUGUCAAUGAUAACAACUCGCCAGAGUCUCGAUUUUCAAAUGCUGACCUCGUGGAUGCCACUCCUAAAUUUACUCCAAUUGAAAAAUUGAAUAGAACACGAAGAGCUCAAAUUUUUGCCAAGUACUUGGUUGACCAGUUUGGAAAAGACUUUCUUUCAUCUGGGAUGGUAUUGGACGUUGCUGGAGGAAAGGGAGAAGUUUCAUUUUACUUAUUGACCGAGUAUGGAAUUCAAUCCACAGUCAUUGAUCCAAGAGAAGCAACUCUUUCAGAAAAACAAUUACAGAAACUACACGGAACAGGCACUAGCAUACAAUAUGUACAUGAAUAUUUCACAAGUUCAGAACAAGAUUGGAGCGAUCAGUUUCGAGAGCUAAUCAUGAACAGCUCAAUCAUUGUUGGACUCCAUCCUGAUCAAGCCACAGAGGCCAUUAUUGAUGUUUCACUUCGGUACCACAAGCCAGCAGUAGUAGUACCGUGUUGUGUCUUUCCCUCACUCUUUCCAAAUCGAAAAUUAACGAGUGGUGAACAUGUCGUGAAUUAUGUUUCCUUCAUCGAAUAUUUGCUAGAGAAGGAUCAACACCUAAUGCAAUUAGAUUAUCUUCCAGUCAUUGGAAUGAACAAAAUUGUGAGAUCUAAACCUCCUUGCCACGUAUUCACACAAUGA